CCGAUAUCUAAUAAAUCGACCACAAAAUUUCCCGCAAUCGAAAUCGUCAUGUCGUCAAUGGAAAAGGGUCGCGUUUCUUCACAGGACAUGGAAUCGGAAUCCAGCGAAGAGCAGCCCCAGCAGGUGCAACGCCAGGGCAAGAAGCGCAGCAAUAUCGCCAGACGCCAGUCCAGGCAGCAACAGCAGCAACAGCAGCAACAGCCAGGUCCCUUAGAACAGGUUCCCGUUCCCGGAGACGUGAGUAAUAACGUGGACAACAACCUCAGGGACGACACAAAUACCCUGGGAAACAUGAGCAACAACGCUGUCCAGCAACAAAGCGGUGACGAUGGUGGGAAAAACGACGCCUUGAGGCUGCGCCUCGAUCUUAAUCUAGAUAUCGAGAUCGAGCUUAAGGCUAGGAUUCAUGGUGAUUUGGAAUUAGCGCUUCUGGGCUAAGCUAUCUAUUUUCGUGUAUCGUUGGGGCUCUCGGCGCAUCAUGGUUUUUGGUUCUGGC